AUCAACUUACGCUUCGUUGCCCAACAUGGCAGUAUUCCAAUCGAAAAGCUUUAGCAAGGAGCUUUACGGCUCGAAGUACCGUAAACUCGUAAACAAGUAUCCAUUUUGGUUGUUCGGGUUUCCCUUCAUCAGCAUCAUGGUUGCAGGUAGUUUCUUCCUCACGCCAGCGACCGCGUUGCGUUACGAGAAGCACGACAACAAAAUCAAAUACGUCAGUCAAGAGGAGGCACUAAAUGUCGGUAAAAACAAGCGAAAAGUAGAUAUGAAGGAGGAAUACUACAGAUUGGCCGCCAAAGACCUCGACAAUUGGGAGCAAAAAAGAGUAGAACGUCUGAAGGGAGAACCAGAUGGUGUUCUGUAAUUCAACGGAUGGCAAUUGAUCACUGUGCACAUGAAGACUUUUUGUCUACGUCCAACGGCAGAAUCUCCGUCUUCAGAACGCGCUCUUUCUUCUGUUUCGGCUCUGGAGCCUUUUUGUUCUCUUGCACAUAGAACCUCCUUAACAUCAUGAUCGCCUCCUCUCGGAAGAUGCCUCCAUAAACGGGAUACGGGGGGUCAACGCUUCUAUCCUUGUGGAUGGUAAGAACACCGCCUGUACCACCAAACCGCUCGUUGUAACAGCCAAAGUAAACGGCGCGGAUUCCAAAUUGACGAAGCAUCGACGCACACAUCACGCAAGGCUCAACUGUCACGUAGAGAUCGGUCUCAUGCAAGAUGGAUGCAGGGUGAGCUUGCAGGAUCUGGGACAUUGCCAUGAAUUCGGCGUGGCGUGUUCCCUGUCGAUGUGUAAGGAGGGAGCUUUGGUAUUGGUAUGCGGUGGAAGACAACGUGAACUCACAUUCAUGCUUUUAUUUGUAUCGUUCAUCCCACGACCGAUUACAACGCCAUUGUGAACGAAAACACAUCCCACAGGCGUUUCAUCCACCGCAAGAGCAUGCUCCGCCUUCAUGCCAGUGAAUCUUGUCAGCGGAAAAGAAAACUUUUCAUGAUAUGAUUUCGACUAACUAGAUCAAGAGCUUCACGCAUGAAGCGCUCGUGCAACUUGAUGUCGCCUGGGAUCUCAAGUGCCAUGACUCGAAGAGGCUGCUUUGAACGUCGCUUACUUCGAGCAGUGUGCAGAUCAAGUAAACAAGACUAACGAUCAGACCGAGGAUUUCUCUACUAUGCGGUACAUGGCAGGCUUCUUCAGUAUAUUGUGGCACUGCGUCAUUCGCAUUUUCAAAUUGUUUGCUGUAACUAUAGUCUUCGAUACUAGAUCUGCCUCAUCGAAUCAAAAAUAUUGCACUCGUCAGGUCAAGCGUACAUUGGUGCCUGAGGACACAAGUGUUGUUUCC